AUGAUGCUCCGCUUCCUUUUGCUCACCCUUGCGGCCGGACUCCGCUUGAACAACGACCCGGUGUGGCCGUGGGAAGAGCACCCAGCGAGCACGGCCGAGGAGCUUCAGGAGCUCCUGAGAAGGGUGCUUGCGGAGGCCGGCACAGUUGAGCCCCUUCCAAAACCCGGCAGGGCGGAGGCACAGGAGGUGGAGCUCAGAAAGGUGGUUGCCGACAUGCAAAAGCCCAAGGAUCUGCUUGCCAACAUCAUCCACGCGAUCUCGCAGAGUAGCAGCACAAAGCGGUGCCAUCGGCAGCUAGAGCAGCUGAUGCACAACCUCACGCUUACGUGCGAAGGCUUGCAGCCGAAGGCCGACUGGCUUCUCGACUACUAUACUGUCCCGGCCCUCCCGAACAAGACCUGCACGGAGAGCGUCAGCGACAUCUUUGCUUCGGGAGACGAGCUCGUCCCGAUCCUCCGCGUCUCCAGAGACGCAGUGGCUUCCUUGGAUGUGUCCGACGAGACGCUCCGUCGGUAUCAGGCGCUCUCCUUUUUGAGGAACUGGCUUGUGAACCUCACCCGUACUCAUCAUCAUGCGCUGGUUUGGGCCGGCUUCUGGGAUGGGGACCUGCAGCAGCGCACGACGAAGGCGAAGCUUUCCAGCUUUGCCAAGUCAAUAGAGCACGCGACCAUGCACCCAGACAGCUUCCUCGGCCAAGUCAUCGAGGCGAGCCAGGACCUCGACGCUUGCUACGAGGAUGCCCAGACCAGUGCGCUUGCGGGAAAUAUGUGGUCCAUCGCCAGCAUGAGCUUUGUGCUGGGGAUGCGCGAGAAAGCGCAAGGAACCGUCAUCGCAUUGGUCAACAAGAAGAUUACAGGGGAGCGCAACUUGUCCCAGUCCGUGCUGUCCACCCAUGAAAUCCCCACAGUGGGGCUCGCAGCCUGGGGGCUCGGGUUCUGGUCUCCGAAGGUGAUCAUCGUGGACCUCAUGGGCACCUGCAACCAGACGAGCCCGGCUCUGCAGAAGCAGCUUUUUGUGCGCUUGCCCGCUUGGGCCAAGUCAAUGAAGCACUGGAGCGCAGAAGCCUUUGCGAGGAGGUCGCGGAUGCAGUGGCAGUGCAUCGACUGCUCGGGCGCUUGCAGCCUCGACGAUGCCUUGGCAGAGCAUGUGGAGAAGCUGGUCAAGGCCAAAGAGGCGCAGGACCGGAAGGACCGGGAGCUCCGCCAGGUCUUGGGUGGUGCUCUCGCAGUACACGGAGCCGCUCUUAAACUCAGCACAGAGGAAGCGAUGCUCAGCCUGAAGCAGCUCAGAGCGCUAAUUGCGAAGCGGAGAUUUGAGAGUAUGAAAGAGGUGCAGGAGCGGACAGCUGCGCUGGGCCGUGACCUGGAAGAUCAAGUCAACGAAGCGGAUCACGGGGUUCAGGAGCUCGGUGCAGCGGCCAGACAACUGAAGGUGAAGCAGCUACUCCAUCAGAAUGCUGAUCCGAACGCUCCGGACUGGCUCGGCCGAACUGGCCUCAUCUACGCUGCGCGCGAAGGACAUCACGAGGUGGUCGAGCCCUUGCUGAAUGCCGGAGCGCAGCUGGAGGCCCGUGAUGAGGAAGGCAACAGAGCCCUGAUCCAUGCUGCCUACAGGGGCCAGCUGCAUGUGGUCGAGGCAUUGCUAAAGGCCAGAGCCCAGCUGGAGGCCCACGAUGUUUAUGGCAGCACAGCCCUCACCUGUGCUGCCACGCAAGGCCAUUUGAAGGUGGUCGAGGCGUUGGCGCAGGCUGGAGCUCAGCUAGAUGCCGCCAAUGAUCGAGGCAGCACAGCCCUCCUCGAUGCUGCAGACAGAGGUCACUUGAAGGUGGUCACGGCCUUGAUGAAGGCUGGAGCCGCGCUGGAGGCCGCCAACAGCACAGCCCUCAUUGAAGCAGCUAAGCAAGGGCAUUUAAGUUUGGUCGAAGUGCUGGUGAAGGCCGGAGCCCAGCUGGAGGCACGCAAUAAUUAUGGCCUCACAGCCCUCAUGAGAGCCGCUAAGCAAGGCCACCUGAACGUUGUCGAGGCGUUGCUUAAGGCCGGAGCCCAACUGGGUGCCGCCAGCAAGACUGGCAGAACAGCCCUUCUCUUUGCUGCAGAGAAUGGCCACCUGAACGUGGUCGAGGCGUUGCUUGAGGCAGGAGCCCAGCUGGAUGUCGCCGAUAAGCACGGCAUCACGGCCAUCGUGUAUGCUGCAAUGAAAGGUCACUCGAAUGUGGUCGAGGCCAUGCUGAAGGGGACACUCCUGGAAAACAUGCUUAUGCCAUCCAAGGUGGCCGCACUUCCAGAUGUGGAAGGAGCGAAACAGCUCCCUGAGGCCACUGCGACGCCUGCCGCGCUAGAGGAAGCCCACUCGCGGACUCCCUUCCAUGCCGACGCUCUGCCGGAUCCCGAGGUCCAGCACAGCAUUGCAAAGCGCAUGACGCUACCGCAGAGGGAGGCUGUGCAGUCCAUGCUGUUCAAUCUCCGGCGCUUCCAAGGCAUACGAGGGUCCGGUCUUCUCUUCACCUUCAAUGCAAGAUCCUAUGUGGAAGUUUCAGAUUAUUGGGCGAUGCUGGUCCGCUUCCUUUUGCUCACCCUUGCAGCUGGACUCCGCUUGAACAACGACCCGGUGUGGCCGUGGGAAGAGCACCCGGCGACCACGGCCGAGGAGCUUCAGCAGCUCCUGAGAAGCGUGCUUGCGGAGGCCGGCACAGUUGAGCCCCCGCAACAGGGCGGCGGUGCAGAGGCACGGGAGGUGGAGCUCAGAAAGGUGGUUGCCGACAUGCAAAGGCCCAAGGAUCUGCUUGCCAACAUCAUCCACGCGAUCUCGCAGAGUAGCAGCACAAUGCGGUGCCAUCGGCAGCUAGAGCAGCUGAUGCACAACCUCACGCUUACGUGCGAAGGCUUGCAGCCGAAAACCGACUGGCUUCUCGACGACUAUGCUGUCCCGGCCCUCCCAAACAAAACCUGUGCCAAGAGCGUCAGCGACAUCUUUACUUCGGGAGACGAGCUCGUCCCGAUCCUCCGCGUCUCCAGAGACGCAGUGGCUUCCUUGGAUGUGUCCGGUAAGAUGCUCCGUCGGUACCAGGCACUCUCCUUUUUGAGGAACUGGCUUGUGAACCUCACCCGCACUCAUCAUCAUGCGCUGCUUUGGACCGGCUUCUGGGAUAGGGACCUGCAGCAGCGCACAACGAAGGCGAAGCUUUCCAGCUUUGCCAAGUCAAUAGAGCACGCGACCAUGCACCCAGAUAGCUUCCUCGGCCAAGUGAUCGAGGCGAGCCAGGACCUCGACGCUUGCUACGAGGAUGCCCAGACCAGUGCGCUUGCGGGAAAUAUGUGGUCCAUCGCCAGCAUGAGCUUCGUGCUGGGGAUGCGCGAGAAAGCGCAAGGAACCGUCAUCGCAUUGGUCAACAAGAAGAUUACGGGGGAGCGCAACUUGUCCGAGUCCGUGCUGUCCACCCAUGAAAUCCCCACAGUGGGGCUCGCAGCCUGGGGGUCGCGGCUGCAGUGGCAGUGCAUCGACUGCUCGGGCGCUUGCAGCCUUGACGAUGCCUUGGCAGAGCAUGUGGAGAAGCUGGUCAAGGCCAAAAAGGCUCAGGACCAAAGGGACCAGGAGCUGCGAGAGGUCGUCAGUCCUCAUCUCGCCGUCAAGGCUGCUGGCGGCACCAAGCUCAUCGCAAAUGAUGUGGGCCUCGCCCUAACUCGGUUGAGAACGCUGGUGAAGAAGCGGAGAUUUCGCAAGGUGUAUGCUGCGCAGGAGCGCUUGCUUGCUUUGGCCCGUGACUGGGAAGAGCAAGUCAGGCAGAUGGAGCAGGGGAUUCAAGAGCUCGAUGCCGCGGCGAGGCAACUGCAGGUGAAGCAGCUGCUCCUCCGGAAUGCUGAUCCGGAAGCUCCGGACAGGCACGGCUACACAGCCCUCAUCUACGCUGCAUACGAAGGAUACCAGGAGAUGGUCCAGCCAUUGCUGAAUGCCGGUGCGCAGCUGGAGGCCCGGGCUGAGGAAGGCUGUACAGCCCUCAUCUACGCUGCUGGCAAAGGCCACCUCCACAUUGUCCAGGCAUUGCUGAAGGCAGGAGCCCAGCUGGAGGCCCACAAUGAGUAUGGCAUCACAGCCCUCACCAAUGCGGCAGCGGAAGGCCACCUGGAUGUGGUUGAGGCGUUGGUGGAGGCUGGAGCUCAGCUGGAGGCCCGAGAUGCGGCUGGCAACACAGCCUUUAUCCAGGCUGCACGCCGCGGCCGUUUCAAACUGGUCGAAGCGCUGCAGGAAGCCGGAAGCAAGCUGGAGGCCCGUGAUGAGAGAGGCCGCACAGCCCUCAUCCAUGCUGCCCACGAAGGCCACUUGAACGUGGUCGAGGCCUUGCUCAAGGCUGGAGCGCUGACACCCGAGGCUGCACAGCACUCAUGA